AUGUCUGGCUUAGGAGGCCACUUCGCCUUGGAAUUCGCCCAUGAGACGUGGGCUCUGUAUGCUGUCGGCGUACUGGGUGCCGUCUUGCGAUGGAUUGCUCGUUUUCGACGUUUAGGCAUGCGCAAUCUCCAGACCGACGACUAUCUUAUGCUCUUCUCGGUAGUCUGGUAUACAAUACUAUGUGUCGCUUUAAAUCAAGUCGCCUCCGGUGGGGGGUCAAAUCUCAUGACCGAGGAGGACAGAAAAUCGUUAACGGAUAAAAUCAUCGCGGAACGAGUGCGCGGUAGCAAAUGGGUCUUUGUGUCGGAACAUUCCUUUAUUCUUUGCAUCUGGAGUUUGAAAGCAUGCAUGCUGGUGAUCUAUGCGCGUAUCACUGAAGGAUUAAAGCAGAAGCGUUGGAUCAACUAUGUCUCGAUCUACGUCGGAUUAGGCUUCGUCGCAACCGAACUGUCACUCUUCCUACUCUGCCACCCAUUAAAAGACUACUGGGCCGUCGUCCCAGAGCCAGACUACCAAUGCUCAUCUUACCAGUACUACGAAAUCGUGCAGGGCUGCAUCUCAAUCUCUGCCGACGUAUUCAUGCUCCUCAUCGCCAUUCCCAUGCUAGUCCAGGUCCGCGUCCCGCUCAAGCAAAAGCUGAUCCUGACUAUCCUCUUCGGCAUGGGCAUCUUCGUCAUUGUCGCUGCCGUCCUGAACAAGGUGUACUGCCUCGUCCCAUCACUGAUCUCCUACGUCUACAUGAACUGGUAUUUCCGCGAAGCCACCGUCGCCAUUCUAGUCACCAACCUGCCGCUCGUCUGGUCACUGCUCCGCGACGUCUUCCCCGCCCUCAAGAGCUGGACCGGGGGCUCCAGGCGCGGCACCGACCGCUACAAGUCCGGGCCCUGGACCAGCAAGGGUGGCUCCCACCUGCCUCCCUAUGGCCCGCCCAGCCAUACGCGCUCAGGCGACUUCGGCAUGCAAGAAUUCGAGGGCACCACUACGAUUACCCCGCAAAAGGCGACUGCUUCCGAUGCCAGUAUCAGCGAGGGGCGGGCGAGCAGCGACGAUGGCUCGGCUCGCGCUUUGCGCAUUCGUCAGGAUAUCACGGUUACGGUGGAGCGGGACUCGCGGCCGUCGGAUUAUGAGGUGAAUACUUCGCGUAUCACCCGCGCCCGCGAGGAUGUUUAA